GGACCUAAACAAAGUGUUUUAAGCCUUCACCGUCACUCCGCCAUUUCAUUUACCCAUUUUGCUUAGCCUCUUUCUCUCUCUCUCUCUCGGACCCUGAAAUAGAGGACGCAGAGUCACUACAGAGAAGUUUAAUGUCCACCCACCGGCUCUGAACAUCUCUCCUUCUCUCUCCAUCUCUCUUUUUUCAAGACCGAACCUUAUUGUAGGGUCAUCAACUGCCUCUGCUCAGAGACUCAGACCCAUUUGUUCGCUCCCAACGUCUCCGUGUUUUGCUUGGAAACACCCAAACGAAAGAACAGAGGAGAAUCCGUUUGUGGUGCUCUUGUAAUUCACCAUCUGGGUUUACUUGCCUCUGUUUCCCAGAUCUGCAAGCAACACGCUCUGUCUACAUUCUUGUACCCUUCUGCUUGUACCAUUUGAGUUGAAACUAUGAGUAAAGAAGAUUUUGUGAAGAUCCAGAAAUCUGUCCUCAAAGUGAACAUCCACUGUGAUGGAUGUAAGCAGAAAGUGAAGAAGAUCUUGCAAAAAAUUGAUGGCGUUUUUUUCACAGAAAUAGAUGCGGAGCAGGGGAAGGUGACAGUCACUGGAAAUGUAGACCCAGCAGUGCUCAUCAAGAAGCUUGUGAAGUCAGGAAAACAUGCAGAGCUCUGGGGUGCUCCAAAGGCCAACAACAAUAACAUGAACCAACUGGUCAAUCAGUUCAAGAAUAUGCAAUUUGAGAAUGGCAAAGGUGGGAACAACAAAGGUCAGAAGGGUGGUAACAACCAGCCCAAAGGUGGACAACCGAACCAGCAGCCCAAAGGUGGACAACCGAACCAGCAGCAGCAGCAGCAACAUCUGCAGCAGCAGCAACAUCUGCAGCAACAGCUGCAGCAACAGCAACAUCUUCAACAGCUCCAGCAGCUGCAGCAACUUCAACAGAUGAAAGAGUUUCAAGGUCUGAAGCUGCCCCAAUUCAAGGACAUGAAAAUGCCCACCAAGGACCAGAACGCAAACCAAAAGGCAGUGAGGUUCGACUUGCCAGACGAUGAUGACGAGUUUGAUGAUGAAUUUGAUGAAUAUGAUGAUGAUGAUGAUGAUUAUGAUGAGGAUGACUUUGAGGAUGAAAUGGACGAUCCACGUUAUCCCCUUAAUAAGAUGAAACCUGUGAUGGGUAAUGGUCAGGGGCCGCCUAACAUGAUGAUGAUGAAUGGUAUGAUGAAUAAAAUUAACCCACAGUUCAUGAAUGCCUCGAAGGGAGGAAAUGGUGGUGGUGGUGGAGGAAAUGGUGGUGGUAAUGGCAAAAAGGGUGGUGGUGGAGCUUUGCCUGUUCAGAUAAAUGGUGGAAACAAUGAUGGCAAACAUGGAAAUGGAGGAAAGAAGGGCGGUGGCGGUGGAGGUGGAGGUGGAGGUAACAAUCAAAGUCAAGGCGGUGGGGGUGGUAAAAAUGGUGGUAAAAAUGGAGGCGGCGUACCCUCGGAUGCUAAAAAUCCAAACGGUGGUGGGGCAGGUCCCAAGAGUGGCCACAAUGGUGCUAAUGGAAACAACAGUAAUGUCAAUGGGGGGAAAAAGAAUGAUGGGGUUCAUGCCAUGAACGGUUCUGGGAUGCACAUGGGUGGCCCUCAUGGUAUGGUCGGAGCAAACGUGGGUCAUAUGGGCAGCAUGAACAUGCCAUUGGGCCAAAUGAGCAACAUGCCGAUGGGCCAAAUGGGUAACAUCCCGGCCGUCCAAGGCCUUCCGGCGACCGCCAUGAACGGCGGUGGAGGCGGGUAUUUCCAGGGGGCUGGACCUGAGGCGAUGCCUGGCAACCCAUACCACCAGCAGCAAUACCUGGCAGCGAUGAUGCAGCAGCAGCAGCAGCAGCAGCAGCAGCGCGCCGCAAUGGCGAACGAAAGGUUCCAACACAUGAUGUAUGCCAGGCCCCCUCCGGCAGUCAAUUACAUGCCUCCAUACAACCCCUACCCGCCUCCGCCCGAUCCAUACACCCACGCUUUUAGUGAUGAGAACACAUCGGGUUGUAAUGUCAUGUGAAAAUCUGGCCGUAGAUGUUGCUGCUGUUGGUUUAAUUGGCUAAGGUUUCCGACGGUGGGUGGCGAUGGCGAAUCAGAUAAUAGUUUGCGAGCACUGCAAGUUCUUUAUGCUAAUAUUAUACUUGGAAAUGGGUUUCUUCGAUUUUUAGUUUAAUAUCUCCAUUUCUAUUUUACCCCCUUUAAUUUCCUUCGAUCCCAAGUUGAAUUCUGGCUUCGCUAUCUAAUCAUAUCAUAGGGAGUAUUUAUAGAUAGAUCAUAUAUAAUUAUAUAUUAAAAGCUUUUAGGGGCAGAAGAACGAAAUGUAAGCUUUUGGGGGGGAUGGUGGUGCUUUGUUGUGAGUUUUGGGCUUUUCUCUUAUGGGAAUAUGUUUAUAUAUGUGUUUAUAUUUUGCAAACAAAAAUAAGAUGGAAAAAAAAAAAAGUGGAGAAGAAUGGCAGUAACAAAAAAAAAAAGAAGCCCAUCUCUCUCCCCGUUCUUCCCCCAAAUACAAUGUUGCUCUUUCCUCUCUGA